AUUUCAUUUAAAAAAAUCAAAGAAUCGAUUCGAUUAUCGAUAUUUUAAAUUGAGAAUACUUGGGCGAGUUUUCCGUAUCGCAGGGGACUGUCCAACAGGAUGUGGUCAGUGUGGCGCGCGUGGUGCGUGUUGGCGCUGUUGGGCGGAGUGCUGGCGCAGAGAAUCGACCAGGACGCCGUGCUCUCACCGCGUCCCCGCGCCCGCGACCGCGAUAUUACCAAGCCGGAUGAACCGACGUGCGAUCAACUAAAAGCUAUGUGGAGGUUUUCAAAGAGACAGGCGCGUGCACCGGAGAUAAUGAACGAGGUUAGCACCUACAGAGACCCGCUGAUGUACAACGAGUGGCCCGUCUACACCGCCAUGCCCAGAGCUGCUCCUAGGUUCCGAUACCAGUAUCAGGCGAUGCCGCGCGAGGCUUACGGCCGAGUUGUCACCAAAGCUCCACCGAAUGUUGUGCGCACACCGGAUUAUGAUGAGAUGUUCGGAAUGUUGAACGUGCCACACUCCUCGGGCAAGAUCCUGCGCUACCCCGGCCCCUCCCGCCCCCGCGGACAGCCUUCUUUCAUGGUGCCUCCGCAACGAGACCGAUUUGAGGCGCUGAAGAAACUGAUCAGACAGGAGCACGUCCGGGAGCUGCAGAGGAAAUACGAAACUGAACAAAAGCAAGAAAUAAAAGACCUUACUUCUGGCCAUGGAAAUGAUGAUUACGUAUAUGGAAGCUACGGUGAGAACGAGCCCCGGGGACUGCAGCCUCUGCAGGACUAUACCCCGGACGAGAACGGCGGCCGCCACUCCAAGAAACCUCCAAUGGGUAGUCGUCAGGUGUCGCAGUUCUCUCGCUACUCCGACGUGAUGCUGCCUCCAGUGCGCCGCACCUUUUACCAUCCCUAUUUCGACUACCCCACUCCCGAGUUCAUCCCCUACGUCUACUGAACUCUGCCCGCAUCCGUUAACCAAAACGACAACAUUCUAGACACUUCUGGAAAAUUCCGAGGGAUAUCCUCAUAAAUGUACAACUCUGCAGGCUUUAAUUCUUAUCAGUAUUACAUGGCCAUAUCGGAAGCAUAUCCUUAUUAAGCUUUCGCUUCGUAAACGACUCUCUUUAAUCCUUGCGAGCUUCUGAGCGUUAACAAUAUUUUUUAUAUUUACAUAACAACCUAGCUGAGGUUUUCUCUAGAUAUGCGAUCUUUUUAAUCCCUUUUUAAACAAUCGCAUUGUAUUUUUAUAGAUUUAAGAUUUAGAAUCAAAGUUGUUCGUAAUCCAAGGCAUUAGGCUGCGGAUGAGUAAUCUUAGUAUGGAUCUUCCGAAAAGGACAAUAAAAUUAAAUAUGACAAUAUUAUCAAUUUACCGUCAAUUUCUAUGACGUUAACGA